AUGGCCAAACACAGCAUCAUCCGUGUGAUUGCCAUAGUGCUCUCACUGAUAUUCUUCAUCAUCACCAUGGUGUUCACUGCUUUGGCAGGACCAGGAAUAGAUCCCUUUUUGGAAAGCACCAAGAACAUCUCAGAUGCGUUUGUGACGGAGAUCACUCCGGAUGGAUGGACGUUUACCAUUUGGGCCAUCAUUUACAUCUUCCUGGCUUUAGUGAUGGUCUACGUCAUCUCCGGCAUCUUUAGGAAGAAUGCAUACGGUCCGGUGUACUGCAGCCCGGCCGUUCUGCCUCAUGGAUUCUUCGUGACUUGGUGUUUGAACCUGACUUUAAACAUUGCAUGGUUGUUCCUGUGGGACAGAAAGUUGAUGUCUGCUGCGCUUGCCUUCCUCAUCCUCAUCGUCCUCACUAACUACCUCAUGAUAUCCUUCUCCUGCAUCGGUCUCAACAACUACGGAGCGUGGCUGGCAAAGUACCACAAAGUGGACCUGUGGCUUCACCGAGUGCUGGUUCAGAAUGGGAUCGCCAUAUACGCAACAUGGACCACCAUAGCAUCGCUGGUGAACCUGACCAUCGUGCUGACUGCAGACGCUAAGAUAUCCCCGACGAACGCUGCCACCAUCUCACUCUCUGUCCUCACUGUAGUGCUGUUAGUGUGGACUGUCCUUGAAAACACCAUCCUGGAUAAACACGUGAGGUACAUCCUGUCCAUCUACCCCGCUGUGAUCUGGGCGCUGACCGGAGUGUUCUCCAAGAACUACAACGCUGCAGACCCUUCACGAAACAACACCUUCAUCGUCGUGCUGUUGGCUUUGGCCUGCACGAUAUUUGCAGGUCGGAUAUGUCUGGUGGUCUGGAGACACAUCAAGACGCCCCUUUAUGAGCACAUCAGCCCGGAGAGCAUGACUCCAAUGGAGAUCGCAGACAAGCAGAAACAUAUGUUUAAAUAA